CGCUCUAGUAGGCAGCUCACUAAUGAUUUCUCCCAUAUGUUUCGCACCAGCAGCUCAAACCCAAACAAUUUAAUUAUUGAGGGUGAUGUAGUUGUUGCUAAAAACCCCUGUCUACAUCCCGGAGAUGUGCGUGUUCUUAAGGCUGUUGAUGUUCCGGCUUUGCACCACCUGGCAGAUUGUGUUGUUUUUCCGCAAAAGGGGAGGAGACCUCAUCCAAAUGAAUGUUCUGGGAGUGACUUGGAUGGAGAUCUGUACUUCGUCUGUUGGGACCAUGAUCUAAUUCCUCCUCGGCAAUAUCAACCAAUGGAGUAUAUCGGAGCACCGACUAAGCCACUCGAUCAUGAUGUUACAAUAGAGGAAGUACAAGAGUUUUUUGCCGACUACAUACUCAACGACCGUUUAGGAAUCAUCGAUAAUGCCCACACUGCCUUUGCUGAUAGGAAUCACAGUAGGGCAAUGAGUUCUCAAUGUCUUAAGCUUGCAGAACUACACUCAAUUGCGGUUGACUUCACAAAAAGUGGUGUUGUAGCCGAAAUACCUGAUUAUCUGCGUGUUAAAAAAUAUCCAGAUUUCAUGGAAAAGCCUGAUAAAGGCACCUACGAAUCAAAACGUGUGCUUGGAAAGCUUUAUCGAGAGGUGAAAGACCAUGCAUCGCUCACAAGCCCUGUAACACCCUUCACCUCGGAUGUAGCAAAGCAGUGUUAUGAUCCUGACAUGGAAGUAGAUGGCUUCCAGGACUACAUCAAUGAUGCUUUCAAUUACAAACAGGAGUAUGAUUACAAGCUGGGGGGUUUGCUGGAUUAUUAUGGGAUUGAAACUGAAGCUGAAAUACUCAGUGGGCACAUAUUGACAAUGUCAAAAUCUUUUAAUAAGAGGAGGGAUCUGGAACAAAUUAAUUAUUCUGUAAUGGCACUAAGAAAGGAAGCUCGGAGCUGGUUCAACGAGGGAAGUGAGUCAGGUUCUGACACUGAUAUAGUCAAUGCAAAAGCAAAAGCAAAAGCAUCGGCAUGUUACUAUGUUACAUAUCACCAUAGCUAUUGGGGUCGCUGCAAUGAUGGAAUGGAUAGAUCUCAUUUCCUCAGUUUUCCAUGGUGUGUCUUUGACAAGCUUAUCCAGAUCAAGAAGGAUAAAUUAAGUAACAUCAUAGCUUGAGACUUAUCAGAAUCGGAGCAUUAGUUGAGUCAUGAAUUGCGCUUGGAUUAAGAAGUUUAUUAUAAAGAUUCUAAGUAUGUAAUUAAGAAAAUUGCUUGUGUGACUACUAUUUAUCUUUACUUAUUGUUACUAGUAUUUGCUUGUUGAUCAACUACAUGUAAAUGCUCCAAGAAGAUGUUUGGGGUUAUAAAUUAUGUUUCAACUCCUGUUGAACAAUAUAUCUAUGAUUUCUUAUCAUA